AGCUGUGUGUAGACUCAUCUUCAUCAAUGUCUGGAACAAGUAGUGCAAAAAUUAUUUCCAAUUUCUUCCUUUCCAUGGUUUUGGACGGAUUGAUGCUGAAUUCUGGUUACAUAUUCUACGCUAUUAAAAAAGAAUGGAGAUGGGAAGGUUCAGUAGCCAUAAUACCUCUAAAUGUAAACAAAGCUAUUUCAGGAAUUUUAGGUGCAAUAUUUAUAAUGAAGACUUUCAGCAAAGAUUCCACAUCAAUAAUUCUCUGGGGAAGUCUGCUCUGCGCCACUGGAAUAGGGCUUUCAAGUAUUACGAAAGAUAUUACUUGGCUUAUAGUCUUCUGGGGCACAGUGUUUGGAACAGGAUAUGGUAUAACAUCAACAUAUUUACAAAAGGAACUGACAACACCAGGUAGAGAAACAGUCCAAAAAAUCUUCCUUAAAUGUGCUCCAAAUGUUGGAGGCGUGUUCCUUCCCUUUGUCUUGGAACAGCUGUUUGACCAAUAUGAUCUCACUGGAUCUUGUCUCAUAGUGUGUGGGAUAAUUUUGAACUACAUUCCACUGUCACUUCUAGCUUUUUAUAAUAUUGGUCCUAAAUGGAGAUGGAAUGAGUUUAAAUGGCCAAUACGUAAACGGAGUAGCAAGUAUGAAGUUAGUAACCAGGCGAGCAUCAGUGUAGUACAAAGUUUGAAACAAACUGAUAGUUACCGGAAAAAAGUUCUUGCCAGUUGUUUAGAACCUGAUAUUGUGAUCAGUAAACUGUCAGUAGAUAACGGAGCAUUUGAAAAUGACUACGGCAAACCGAUUUCAAUAAACUCGAUGGACAAAGAAAGAAAUAGUUUAGUUUUAGACAUGAAAGAAUCUGCGCUCAAUGUACCUGAUAUUAUAGAGAAUAGUGAUAUGGAAGCACUGGAAAAACAGAUCAAAAGUUUUCCUAAUGGUAAAAAACUAUCAAAAUUCAUAUUAGAUAUCGAAAAGUAUGAAAAUGACCACAAGAUUUUUGAAGAAGACUUUUAUGCUAAAGGCACCAGCGUGAAUAACGACAGCAGUCAUGUGGUUAGUAGUUUAAAUGAAAGUUCUAAUGCCGAAAGUUUGACCUUCGAUGAAGGUGAAAAAAAUUUGGAUUGCGACUCUGAAGAGGCUUCCAAUACCGAAAUUGUAAACAAUGACACCCGUUCAAACAAGAGGUCAUCAACAAAUUGUCCAAGUUCCGUUUCGACGUUGAGCCAGAGUAAUGUAAACGAAACUCCCUUAACUUCCGUUAAAAAUAUUGAACAGUUUUCACCGGAAAUGUUCAAAAUAAAUGUUCUUGAAUGUACUUUUGAAAGCGAAUCGGAUUACAUGCAUCAAAUUUCAAAACCUGCUGGAAAGUCGCUGAAAAAGAACAAUUACAGACAUCAUUCCAAUUCUCUCAUUACCCAAUGCUAUGAUGACAUAGACUUCUCCAAAGCCAGUGCAAAAAAUAAGGAGCUAUUUGGCAAAAACCAUGAUCACUCAAAGCAAGUCGAAAGUAUAUAUAAUGUUUAUGACAAAGACGAAAUCGCUUACAACAUCCCAAAAAGAACAAAUGCUUUUGCAGCUGAACAAUAUCAAAACCAGCAAACCGACAUUUUUCAUAAACUAAAGGAAAUAUUAAAAUCUUUAAAAUUGCUUGCAAAUUGGGAAUGCCUGCUAGUUUUUUUGACAACAAUCACUGCCGAAUAUAUCAUGACAGUUUUGACUGUGCUGAUUUGUAGUUUUGCUGAAGAAACUGGAGUAAAAGUGUCGCAUUUUAAAUGGAUUAUUGCAGCUUUUGGUGUUGGCCUCAUUCUAGGAAAAUAUUGUUUUUAUUAUAUUAAUGGGAUCUUAAAGCCUAGAAUUUCAAUCACCAGUGCCAUCCUUUUUAUGCUAAAUAGCUUGGCAAUAAUAGGCGUUCUAUGGUCAAGUAGUUUAAAAUGGUACAUUAAUUUUUACAGUAUUAUAGGAAUUCUUCAGGGUUGCAUACAAGCAUCUUUUACGAAGAUAAAAGAAGAUUAUAUUUGUAAAGAAUCCAACUUAUUUUUAUCCACAGCGUGUAAACUUCUGUUUGGAAUAAUCAUCUUAUCUCUACCUCAUCUGAUCCAAUUUACAACAUCUUUUACCGGAGACUUCGAACUGCUUCUUGAAAUCAUCAGCUGUUGUUCCGCCUUGUGUGCCAUUUUUUGCUUUUCUUUGCAAAAAUGUUCGACGUGCUGCUUUGUCAAAUGAAUGUAUAAAAUUUGAAAAAUGUUUUCAGUUCAUGACAACUAAGAGAGAAAAUAGAGCUUUGAAGCUAAAGCUCAUAAAUGCAUCCUUACGAGAGUGCAUUAUCUGAGAUGAAGUUUAUUAUUGCAUUCGAUUAUUGUAACAAUAAUUGUGGAUUCACACCCAUUGCGACAAGGACGAACAUUUCGUCAUUGAACGUCAUUGGUUCUAGAAAAGUAAAUGUACACGCCCUUGUGUUGUCUCACUGGAGUUUUUUAUUCCAUUAUUUAUAAGUUGUUUUCCCGAAAAUUAUCAUAAAUUGUUGGCUGGUGUGUGACGAAAUUAGAACCGAUAGAUUGUUUGCUGUUGGUUGAUAACCAUAGCAAAGUUCUGUUACUACAUACACAUUUUUUUUGUGUCGCAAUGAGUGUGAAUCACCAUUCCGCCCUUGAGUCUAAGUGGAAAUAUGUCUGAGCAUAUGAGUUUAAAGAUUCAAAUGAUAAUGUAAAAGGAUUUAGAGACUCACUCUGGAUAUUAAAUAAAAUGGAGACGGAUUGAGAUAAGGAUUGACCUAUUUUAGUUCUAUCUACUUUCAUAUUGGUUAUGUUAAUAUUGUAAGUAUCAUGUAAUUAUCCGUAGCAACUAAAGGAGUUUUAAAGCAUGUGAUAAUGCAAAACUUUUCUGAAAUACAUUAUUCAAAAUGCGUAAAUGAUAGUUACAUAUAACUUUUACAUUUCUGCCAAGGACUG